GUAAACAUCACCAGGAGGCGGCUGUUUACAAACAUCUCAUGUCUCUGCGGCUGGUUGUGAAUUCCGUCCGGGAAAAAACAAAACAGAAUGGAAAUUGAAAAUGCUAUUCCAUAUUUCUUUGGAGACAUCGGCUGCUGGUCAGAGAGGACAGAGGUGCACAAGGCGGCGUCUCUCGGCCAGACCUCACAGCUGCAGCAUCUCAUCCAAAGCGGAGCUUCAGUCAACAUCGUGGCGGUGGACUCCAUCACACCGCUGCACGAGGCCUGCCUCCGCGGAGAGGCCCAGUGUGUCCGGCUGCUGCUGGACGCUGGAGCUCAGGUGGACGCGAGGAAUGUAGACGGGAGCACGCCGCUGUGUGACGCCUGCUCGGCAGGUAGUUUGGAGUGUGUUAGACUCUUGCUGGAUCACGGCGCCAAGAGCAACCCUGCCCUCACCUCCCACACGGCCUCGCCCCUCCACGAGGCCUGCAUGGGAGGCAAGUCAGACUGUGUGAAGCUCCUGAUUUCCAUGGGUGCUUGUCUGGAGGCGUACGAUAUUUACUACGGGACCCCGCUACAUGUGGCUUGUGCUAAGCAACACACGGACUGUGUUAAAGUGCUGCUCAACGCAGGUGCUAAAGUGAAUGCUGCCCGGCUACACGAGACUCCGCUGCACCACGCUGCCAAAAGCAUGCAGGUUGAGAUGGUGGAGAUACUGGUGGAGUUCGGAGCCAACGUCUACGCCCGAGAUCAGCACGACAGGAAACCUGUGGAUUACACGACACCAGGCUCUCCCUCUGCAACCUGCCUGCAGUUUUAUGAAACCACCCCCAUGAACCUGCAGCAGCUCAGCAGGUUGGCAGUGAGGACGAAGCUGGAAACCAGAGCUCUGAAGGUCAUAGGUCAACUGAAUGUACCGAAACUCAUCAUCAGCUACCUCUGCUAUCAGUGAGGGUCCGCUGG